AUGUUGCUGCAACACAUUCAAUGGUUGCUAAGAUGCCUUUAUCGAAAUCUAUAUAUCCCGGACAGCACAGCAUCUUUUGAUGAUCAAACAUCUCCAGGGACGUUCCUAGAGAUCUUGUUGUCGCCCAAGAAACGCCAAAAGUUUUCCUCCGGGGACUUGACGGAAUACGAUGAUGCCAACGGAGAUCCUCAGCAGCAGCAGCAGCAACCGCAGCCUCCUCCAUCAUCGACUCCAGUUCAUCAACAGCCGGCCUUGCCACCACGGCCUGCUCCAGCUCCGGCUCCUCCUGGGCCCAGCACCAGCAAUCAGUCGCUAUCAUCUAGUCAACAACAGCAGGUGGGGCCAACAGUGGCAGCAGCAGCAGCAGGAGCGACGGCGGCUGCCGCCCAGCAACCGGAUUUAUCGUUGCCGCUGAGACCCAACAGCCGGACCACGAGUGCGCCCACUUCACCGGCGAAAUCACGCGAAUCUUUACUUCAACGAGUUUCCAGCUUGACGUCCAACGUCGUAAGCAAUGUCAGCCGCGUUACUUCGGCCCAGAUUCAACAGCAGCAGCAGACGGCCGAGAGUGGCAAGUUGCCGUACAACAAGGACCGCUGCUUCACCUUGUUGGUCAUUGACGAUCAAAAUACCGACUGGUCGAAGUAUUUCCGAGGAAGACGGAUUCACGGCGACUGGGAUGUCAGAGUGGAGCAGGCGGAAUUCCGUGAACUAUCCAUCACGGCCUCAACUGACAACGGGGCCACUGUUUCCAUGGCCGUUUACCGCAGCGGCACCAAAGUCGUCAGAGCUUUCCGGCCGGACUUUGUGCUGAUUCGCCAGAACAUGCGUGACGCUGGUGAGGACUACAAAUCCAUCGUGCUGGGUCUCAAGUUUGGCGGCGUGCCGAGCAUCAACUCUUUGGAGGCUGUCUAUCAUUUCCAGGACAAGCCGUGGGUGUUUGGCCAUCUGCUGGAUCUGCAACGUCGCUUUGGCCGUGAACAAUUCCCCUUGAUCGACCAGACUUUCUACCCGAACCACCGCGAAAUGAUGUCGGCUCCGCGGCUGCCGGCCGUCCUCAAGAUCGGCCACGCUCACGGCGGACUCGGCAAACUCAAAGUGGAAACGCCGUUGGAUUUCCAAGACGCCGCAUCCGUCGUCGCAGUUUCCAAUUCUUACUGUACCGUGGAGCCUUACGUGGACUCCAAGUUCGACAUCCACAUCCAGAAGAUCGGCAACUACUACAAAGCCUUUAUGCGCAAGUCGAUUUCGGGCAACUGGAAGACCAACCUGGGCUCGGCCAUGCUUGAGCAGACACCCAUGACGGACAAGUACCGCGGAUGGAUCGAGGCCGUCGCAGCCCAGUUCGGGGGUCUCGAUCUCUGCGCCCUGGAGGUCCUGGUGGCCCGCGACGGACGCGAGAUCAUCAUGGAGCUCAACGACUGCGCCCUGCCGCUCCUCGGAGACUCGCAAGAAGAGGACCGCCGUCUCAUCUCGGAGCUCGUUCUCCACCGCAUGAACACUCAAUGUCGGCCACCAGGGAUGCCUGCCGGUCCGAGCGCCGGUCCGGCGUCUAUGCCGAACGCCCAAUCACGUCAUUCGAUUACAAGCGGAAGUCGACCGGAAUCCCCGGCGGAUAUGGAACGAAGCAGCUCUGCAAUUCCGGCAGCCCUGGCUGGUGAUGAUACCGGAUCGGUUGGCUCCGCUUCUCAGCCGGCGUCGUUGCAACAACAAUCGUCUCGUGACGUCUUGGGCGGAGGCAAUCCAUUUCUCACUCGACGCGGGACCGAGGACGGGACACCCGUCACUGCCGGAUCAUUGGCCCGUUCCUUCUUCACUCGCAGUUCAUCGCAACAAGCCCAGGAAGGAUCUGGCGGAGGCACUGACGACGGCGAGGACACGAUGAAGAAUCUGCGCAAAACAUUCGCCGGAAUCUUCGGUGACAUGUAAACCCCAAAAAAAUAAAACGGAGACGAGGGCCGGUGGAUUUUGCGCAAAUGAAUUUGAAAAACGUAACGCGGAUCUUGGGAGAUGUUGCUGUUGAAUCUCAUCAAGAAAGUGUAUCCAAUUAUCCUCCACCCCAAGAGUCACCCAAGCAGUAAACCCAACAUUAGAAAGAUAUUUCAAUGUUAUUCAAUACUUUCUCUCUCUCUCUCUCUUUCCCUUCUUAUUCUUUCUCUCAUCAUUCUAUACAUUUGCGUGUUGUUACAUUCACGGUUUCUUCGCUAUUCCCAAAAGCCAGACCAUCAAUCAAUAAAGAAACGGUGAAUAAGCUACCUACACAACGAGGGCUGGAAGGCAAAAAGAAGAAGAAAAAAAAAACAAAUUUACAAUUCUUUUUUUAUUAUUAUUAUUAUUAUUAUUAUCUACUGACCGAAGAAAGAAAAGAAAAAGAAGCGAAAAAAUCUUUUGAAAAACAAAAGAAAAACAGACAUUUUCUCUCCUCGAAUAAUCGAUGUACCUUUUCCACCUUUUUAAUGCCCGUCUUAGUUCGUUCUAGAGUUUUGCAUGCACAUCUUUUUCAUCUUGAAUGGUACUCGAACUUGGAUCGAAAGAGCUUCGAUGAUAACAUCAGCGGUUAUCACGAAUCUACUACAGUUUUUCUUUUGGAAU